CUGCGGGGGUUUUGGCUGACUUUUCGCUAUAAACUUAAUUCAGACGAUACUAAAGGGAGAAUCUAAACACUUAAACAGCUCUUAAGAUCUACAAUAUGACAAGUUAAUCUACAUAAGUAUAGCUAAGCUUUGGGAAUACCAGAGGUAAAUAGGUCAACAAACGGCUAUAAAUACGACAAGAUUUCCGUAACAUCUUCAUAAUUUGAAAGUGACAGAAUGAGACGGAAGUUGGAACGUAAUCUGACUUAGGAAAUAGGAGGAAAUGGAGCGUAUUAUAUGCUCAGAUAAAUUCUGGGAUACGAAUCUGACAUGGGGAAAUGAUCGAAAAUACCCAGAGUUUACAGAAUGUUUCCAGGACACCGUUAUAUUGCUUGUGCCUAGUCUUUGGUUAAUUUUGACCACACCUUUGUACUUGUAUAUAUUACUGCAAUACAAAGAUUCUCACGGGCAAUGGAGCGGGAAAUGUUUGAUAAAAAUAAGUACAGCUUCACUACAGCUAUCAGUACGGUAUAUACAGAUAGCUCAGACAGAUGAUGGGGCGUGGAGCACCCGUAAUAUCAACCAGAUGGUAGAGGGAGUGACACUGUUACUGGUUAUGUGGUAUAUCGACCGUGAAAGAAGGAAGGGCUUUGUUACCUCUGGAAUACAGACUAUUUACUGGUUCCUGUCCUCACUGUGCGGUGCCAUAUUAAUGUAUUCCAGGAUGGUAAAACAGGUACCAGAUGACUACGACUCAGGGUCCCGAGAGAUUAUAUUGAUGAAAUCUUACCUAGCGCUGAGUGUCGUUCAGUUUGUGCUAACGUGGUUUGCUGACAUAGACUCAUUGUCAGAGAGAGAAUGUAAAUUGUCAAGUUCUUCUUUCAUCUCACGUUUAAUGUUUACGUGGUUUGAUGGAUUCAUGAGUCUGGGUUACCAACGUCCAAUCAUUGACAGUGAUAUAUCAGAAAUGAUGCCUACCGAAAACGCAAAAACAGCCAUACCAAGUUUUGAAAAGACAUGGGCUUCGGUACAAAAUAAAGUAAAAACUGAAACAAUGAGUAAAAAUAAGGAGAAAGUAAGCUUAUUGGAAGUGAUUAUCAAAGCAAACUUACCAAUACUUCUGUCAGCCAAUCUCCUUAAACUGUCGUCACAAAUUUUCAUCAUAUCAAGACCGUUCAUCACUGGGUUGCUGGUUGCAUUUGUUGGAGAUAUGAGCCAGCCUGGAUGGAAAGGCUAUGUAUAUCUGAUUGCUGGAAUCACAUGUAUUAUUGGAGAUGAAUGCAUUGGCAACUAUGUGAAACAUCUGUGUACAUCUACGGCUCUUAGGCUAAGGGUCUGCCUAAACAGUACAAUCUUCAAAAAGUCAAUGCGAAUGACGAAUAAAGCCCGUUCAGAAUCCACCGUUGGUGAAAUAGUCAAUGUUCUUAGUCAGGAUGUCGGUCAAGUUCAACAUUUUAUUGCUUACUUCUAUUGGAUAUGGUGCGUUCCGUUCGAGCUUGUGGCGACCUUUGCAGUUCUAUAUUACACCGUAGACUAUGCAGCAGUUGCUGGCGUCUGUGUGUUUGUCAUUGUUAUGCCUCUAAAUGUUUUCAUGGCACGAAAUAGUCAAAACACGCAUUUAGCCCGCAUGAAUAAGAAAGAUAAAAGAAUCAAAUUGAUGACGGAAAUAAUGAAUGGGAUCAAGAUUUUGAAAUUGCAUGCAUGGGAGAUGGCCUUCGGAGAGAAAAUAUUGGAACUGCGAAAAGACGAAAUAUCAAUCCUUCGAAAGCAAAAAAUCUUUGGUCUCAUCGGAUCCUUAUGCUGGAGACUUGCACCAGUCAUGAUGACCUUGGUGACGUUUGGAGUGUAUGUUAAUAUCAGUGCGAAUCAUAUGCUUACUGCCGAGACUGCCUUCCGCGCCAUGGCUACAUUUGGCAUGCUGACACACACGUUCAAUGCAUUGCCACACAUCGUCUGUCACUUUCUUCGGUCUUUUGUAUCCAUAAGAAGAGUAGAGAAAUUUCUGAAUAAUGAUGAAAUUCCAGUAGACAUAGUGGCUCAUAACUGCUCUGAUGAUGCUAUUAAGGUAGAAGACGGUACUUUUACUUGGGAUGAAAAACUUGGACCAUGCCUAAAAAACAUAAAUAUGUCGAUUCCCAAAGGAAGUCUUGUAGCAAUUGUUGGGACUGUAGGAUCAGGGAAAUCGUCAUUGCUGUCGGCAAUCCUGGGAGAGAUGGAAAAGGACACAGGAAAUGUUAAUGUUGAUGGAAGUGUCGCGUAUGUUCCUCAGCAAGCAUGGAUACAGAAUAACACUCUGAGAGACAAUGUUCUGUUUGGUAACAAAUACAGAAAACAGACUUACACUGACGUCAUUGACGCAUGUUCUUUGAAGAGAGAUCUGGACAUUCUGCCAGGAAAAGAUCAAACAGAGAUUGGAGAAAAGGGCAUCAACCUAAGUGGUGGACAAAAGCAGCGUGUCAGUAUGGCUAGAGCUGUGUAUUUCAACUCUGAUAUUUAUCUGCUAGAUGACCCGUUAUCUGCUGUAGACGCGCACGUGGGGAAACAUAUAUUUGAUCGUGUUAUCGGCGGAAAAGGCCUCUUGAGAAACAAGACGAGAGUGUUGGUUACACAUGGCAUAACAUGGCUGCCGUAUGUUGACAGAAUUUUUGUGGUAGAAAAUGGAACAAUAUCAGAGACAGGUACAUACCAGCAGCUGAUGAGUAAUGAAGGAGCUUUUGCGACGUUUGUGCAGAAAUAUCAAAAUGACGGACAUAUUUCAGACGAUGAGGAGAAUAGAGUUGAAGAAGUGAUACAGUCAACGCAAGAAACUAUGGACACUACAGCAAAUGACUUGAUGAAAACACCAGAUAACUGUAUACCUCCGCUGAACAAUUUGUUCUUUGAAUCAGAUAGCGGAUACACUACUGAAUCCGAAUCAACGUCCGGACAUAGAAAAGAAGUAGACAGGAAGCAUGAACUGUUCAGAAGGUCGAUUUCUAGGACAAUUUCAAUGGAAGACAAGCAAGUUAUCAGCAACGUAGAAACCGAAACACAAGACCAUAUACCGGAGAAGAAGGGUGUUAGAUUAGAAACGUUUGAUGAUAAGAAGAAAAUGAAUGAAGAGAGAAUCAAACGGGAAUCGGAUAAGAUCUGUACAGGAAAACUUAUUGAGGAUGAAGAAAUCGAAACCGGGGAGGUUCAGUUGAAGUACCUCCUACCGUAUUUCAAAGCAAUAGGACUUCUUUCUUGUGUGGCGAUUGUGAUUUGUUUCAUUGGAUUUAAAGUAUGUGAAAUCGUGCGAAGUGUGCUGAUAAAGGAAUGGACUGAAGAUGAGUCUCUGAACAAUAUAACAGCUCUUCCAAGUGAAAGUGAAGAAAGAUACAAACAAAACCAGCAUUUUAUCAAACUUUUUGCAUUGUUUGGAUUAGUUCACUGCAUUGCCAAUAUAUCACAGGAAGCUUUAAUGGCGUUAGGCGUAUUGCGAGCUGCUAAAGUUCUUCAUGAGGAAAUGUUGAAGAAUCUUCUCCGUGGUCCAAUGUCUUUCUUUGACACUACACCUGUUGGUAGAAUUGUACAAAGGUUUUCAGGUGAUAUCGAGCCUUUAGAUGGAGAUAUAACUGGUCAUAUAAAUCAUUUACUUCACUGUAUCAUCGGGCUCAUCGGUGUGUUUGUCGUUAUAAUGAUGUCUUUACCAAAAUUCAUUAUAAUGGCUAUACCCAUUGCUGUAGUUUAUAAUGAAAUUCAGAAGCGAUUUGUACCGAUAAGACGCCAACUCAGUCGUAUAGAAUCGAAAAGAGGAACGCCAGUCCACAGUCAUUUCACUGAAAGUUUAAACGGAGUGCACGUGAUUCGGGCAUUUGGUAUGCAAAAUGAGUUUGCUUUGCAAUCUUCAAGAAAGGUUACCGAUAUAUGUGAAAUAAAUUUCCACAACCGAACAGUAGAUAGGUGGAUGAACGUACGUCUAAUUUUGAUGAACACGUUUUGUUUUGCUGCGACAACGUACUUCGCCAUCCAAGAACGGGAAUAUCUGAGUGGGGCCCUGAUUGGAAUGGCAAUUACCUACGUUUUCAAACUAAACGGAUCUUUAGAGGGAUUUGUGCGAGUAUCUGGAGAAUUAGAGAAGGACGUGGUCUCUAUUGAACGCAUUGGCCAGUACUCUUCCAUCAAACAAGAGGCACCUCUGUAUACAUCAGCAGUUCUGGAAAAGUCAUGGCCAGAGAAUGGAGAAGUCGAUAUUUGUAACUACUCCCUAAGGUAUAGGGAAGGUCUUGAUCUUGUACUUAAAAACAUCAACGUCAGCGUCAAACCAGGUGAAAAGGUUGGAAUAGUAGGUCGCACUGGAGCGGGCAAGAGUUCCUUGACUUUGGGGUUGUUCCGUCUCGUUGAACCAGCUGAAGGAAACAUACGCAUUGACAAAUAUGACAUCAGUGAGCUGGGACUGUUUGAUUUAAGAUCAAACUUAACUAUAUUACCACAGGAACCUCUUUUAUUCUCUGGUACUUUGAAAAAUAAUCUUGACCCGCUUGAUACCCACACUGAUGAAGAAAUCUUUACAGCACUGGAACAUGCCCAUCUAAAGACGUUCAUUGACACACUUCCGGAUAAACUCAAUUAUGAUUGUGGUGAGGGAGGACAAAACCUCAGCAUGGGCCAACGCCAGCUGAUCUGUUUAGCUCGUAGUUUAUUACGAAAGAGCAGCAUUCUGGUACUGGACGAGGCGACGGCGGCGGUAGAUAUGAAAACGGAUGAAUUGAUACAAAACACGAUCAAAAUGGAGUUCAAAGACUGUACUGUAUUGACCAUUGCCCAUAGAUUAAACACAGUUAUAGAUUAUGACAGAAUUUUAGUAUUGGAGCAUGGAGAAAUAAAAGAAUUUGAUAGUCCUAAAAUACUACUUGAAAACAAGAAUUCUUCGUUCUAUAGUAUGGCUAAAGAUGCUGGUCUAGUUUAAUAGACUUAUAAAAUAUUUACUUCGUUUAACAACUUAUUUUCUGUAUGUGAGGAAUGACGCUGGAUAUUUUGAGAAAUUUAAGUGCAAUAUGCUAACAACCUUAUUCAUACAGAAGAUUCUUAAGUAAAUAGAAUUGUGACUAAUAUCAUUUUUAUUCUCAUAUAAUCUAGAUAAACUGAAUGAAAUACAUGGUCAAGUAAAAGAAUCAAAAGGUCA